UGCAAUCUUAUGUGUAAAGAAGAAACCACGGGAUAUGAUAGUCACACUCGACACACGAUAGUUACACAGGACUCAGCACUAAAACAAAGAUUGAAUUUAUUUAUUUAUUAAAUGUAUUUACAGAAUAUGACGAACCUCUGAAUCAUUUAGCAGCUCCAGUAACACCUCACGCUGGCGCCCAGCAGAGGGCGCUAACACUUGGCCGAAGAAAGAGAAGAAAGUGGGGAGGGAAGCUGCAAGUGACAGCAGAAGUGGACCGCUGAAGAGUCGGUAAACGGGAUCAAACCACGACCUCACUGAAUAGCUCCGUUGAGGGGAAAAAGUGUAGCAACGUUUGCUUUCAUUUAAUUGUCACACUUUCCCGUGUUUUCGCCGACUAUUUAGUUAACUAUUGCCAGGAAAAGUAAUGUUUGCGAUGUCAACCUGAGGUAACACUGUUGCUUCGACUCUUAGCACAGGUAACGUUAGUUAGCGGUUGGCAUCGAGCGAGUAGAAGCUAAAUAAGCGUUUUACGGUCCAACCGAGGCACCCGAUUUGUAGCUUGUGUGGAGCUUACCUGUAACGCGUCGAGUGGUCGGAGUCUCUGCAGAGAUGGGUGACAUAAACCCAUCGACAUCCCAUGCAUUUCAGCCGGAGGGUUUCAGCCCGCCGUACAGGAGGAGGAGGACAGUGGAGGAUUUUAACAAGUUUUGCACGUUUGUGUUGGCUUAUGCCGGUUACAUCCCAUAUCCACAAGAGGACUCUCCACUUCGCAGUAGCUCCAGUCCUCCCAACAGCACAGGCAGCACUGCCGACAGCGAUGGCUGGACCCCCGGAUCCGCAGCCUCCUGCCCCCAGCGGCCGCCCAAGGUGCCCCAAGACAGAAGCAGGAAGCGUCCACAGCCGGCGCCUUUGCUGUCCUCUCAUAGCAAGCGAGAUCGCACAAUCUCCACCCUGCAUCCAGACGACCACAGAAAAGCUGAGAAGCUGAAGAAGAAGAAGAGGCGAAAGGAGAGGGAGUAUCACUCUGGUGAAGAAUUGAGGGCCCAGCCGACCCACGGAGCAGAACCGGAGUUUCAGUCCCCUCUGUCCUUCGGCAGCCGACUAAUCAAAGAAGAGCCCGAAGAUGAGUUCAGCAUUCCCCUCAUCCCUACGUGCCUGCCCAGCCCUUCACCUUGUAAGGAGGAGCCAAAGGAGGAACAUCGACACUGGGACGGUCGAGACCUGGAAGAGGGGGUCAUAAAGGUACAGAAGGUGGAGGGCUUUUCAGGAAACCGAACCGUGUUCCGCCAGGGGAAGCAAGUGGUGUUCCGAGACGAAGACGGCUCAGGAGAGGACGAGGACAUAAUGGUGGACUCUGACGACGACUCGUGGGACUUGGUGACGUGCUUCUGCAUGAAGCCCUUCGCCGGCCGAGCCAUGAUUGAAUGUAACAAGUGCAACACCUGGAUCCACCUGUCCUGCGCCAAAAUCCGCAAGAGUCACGUGCCAGAGACAUACGUAUGCCAAAGCUGCCGAGACACAUACGGACCCCCAGAUGCCCGGCGCUCCCACCGCUCACGCAUCGGCUCACGUAAACAUCUGCUAGACUGACUCUCGGUCAGAACAUGAACUCUAAACCCCCUGCCCCUCGGUUUACCCAGCUGGACCUGACCCCCUCACGGCCAACCAGGAACCCACAUUUUCUAAACAAAACACUUUGGUGGAACUCUUCCCCCAGGCCUUAUCCCAUCUAUAGACGGUUUGAUUGCUGUUUUAGAGUUAUCGGGCUCCGUUUCUGCUUCCUCCAGACUUUGUGCGUAAGGCAAUCACUGAAUGGAUACCUAUCUGUAGAGGGCAUCAGAAAAGCAUCAAACUAUCAAUGUUGAGACUUGGUACACUGGAAACGUUUGAACUGCCAUAUGUAGAGAAUAUCUUCACAACUGCCACCCACCUUGGUGCAUGCUGGGAUUUGUGGGAGAAAUAGUUUGCACUUUUUCCUCACUGUUUUUCUUUCUUUUUUGUUAUUUUUUGUUUUAUUUUUUAACCUAUCAGAGGGUGGACACAGAAACAUGUUCGUCUUUCAGAUUAAACUGGAUUUGUUUUCUCUAGGAUGGCUUCACUGUUACACCAUGUACCAUUUUUUAAAACAAGAAAAGCCUCGUCAUUUGCUUGAGAUGGUGCUAUAAUAUUAAGCUGAGGUAUAAUCCUGUAGAACCAAGAUGUAGGUUCAACUACUAAGGUCUGCAUCUGCUUUAUCUGUUUUGAUACUCGUUGUUUUUCCAUAUUUAAGACCUCGUUAAAGACUAUCUCGGAGCGUCGAUCCAACGCAAGCGCGGCUUCUUUACAAGCUCGUCUUCCAGCCGCUGAAUCUAGAUGUUUGUUGACUGUACAGGUUCAUCGCAUUAAGCUGGAAUAUGAGCAAAAGGUUUUUUUCUAUAAUUCAAUUUGAAAAAAUGUCAUUUAAAUUCAUUACAAACACAAUAGAUUUGAAGCAUAUUAUAGCUUGCGGCUAAUUAAAACCUAAAAUUCAUUAGGCUGCUCAGUGGAAUUAAACUGUCCUCUUAACGCUGCUCAUUUUUCAUAGCAGAUUUCUUCCUUCAACUCAAUUUUAGAUUAUCUUUGGCUAUAGCAGUUUUUAAACAGCCAUCUUCUUGGCUCCCUCUUUAUGAAAAGAGUUAACAACUCUCUGCUUCAGUUCUGGCAAGUUGUUGAUUGCUCUUAUGUAAUACUCAAAUUUUAUGAGAAACUGAAUUUGGGAUGAUUGGUUAGAUAAUCACUGAAUUAACAGCGAAAAAAUGACUAGAAUAUAUCACUGCAAUGAAAAUAUAAAACGGACUUCUCAGCUCUUUUUCUUUAUGGAGAUGCAUCUGUAUAUUCAGCAACGUCAAGCUAUGUUUUCUAGUGUCUAAACACUUUUUCUUUUAAAAUCACUUUUACAAUGAACUGUAUUUGAACAAGUUAAAAAGCCAGAUAACAGAAGAAUCGCGGCGUUCACUACAGAUGUUCUUCAGUUGAUUCUGGUCAGUGUAACUUUGGUGCAUUCUGUAGCAGGACUCGGUUUGGUUCACGUCUUUCCUUCGUUUACACCAUCAAAGUUUCAUGAUGGGGAGGAGGGAAACAUUCGUUUAAGAGAACUGCGAGGCUGUCCUGUUCCGGAGUUAACGAAUGAGAAACGGAGUUCUGCCGGAGACGCUCUCUGAAGACUCCAGGUAGAAAUAUGCAUGUCAGAGUCGGGUUGAACGAGCGUGUUUGCCACACACGUGCUGCUAUGUGUUCCCAUUAAAGCUCUGUAUUUUUCUGUUGUACUCGAUUGUUUUUAAAUGGAUAUUUGUCGGUUUGUGUUGCCUUUUAAACAUUUUAAUCAGAGCAGAUUUCAUCCUCCAACAGUAUUCAUUUGAAAAGAAAUUUAAUGGGAUUUUCUUUCUUUUAUUUUUUUUUUUUGGUUCUAAAACUUGGUCCAGUUCAGAUGAAAGUCCUAAGCUUUGUUAUUUAUGUGCCAUCUGCUGUUUGGGCCUGUACGUGUAGACUACAUAUUGUUUCCGAUUAUAUAAAAAGCCAUAUUGUAGACAGAUUUUUAGACGCAGGAAUUUUAGGAUCCAAAUCCAGGAUUGAGGGGAAGUUUACCAAAUGCAGCAUCAGCAACUUCACCGGGGAACGACUUGCAACCACAAAACGAUUGUUUGCGAACAGACGGAGGUUGAACUGGAUAUGUUUACCUGGUCACCCGUCUUCUGGUGUUUGUACGGGCGGUUGCAGAGCUGGGGAUGUUUUUACGACGUUUUCAAACCAGAAUCAUUGUCGGUCCGUUGGGCGUUUGUUUUUAACAGAAACUGAAGGCGUCUUCAGGCUCAGAUUCCAAAUUGUAGUGUCUUCAAGACUCAUGUCUUCAAGACAUGAAUCUGCUCAUUGUGAUCCCGCUGGCUUAUCCUGAUCCCGGGUUGUCCCAUCCCCUUACUGAGAAAGCGUUGUCUGUACUGUGGUGCAAACUGUUUCUGUGAAACUAUUGUAAAUAAAGAGGUACCAUUUUAACCAGA